AUGGAUAUUCUUUUGUCUAGCUAUCUACAUGACGAGAAAGCGCGGGCUUCCACCGUCGAACCGAGCUUCCGGCACCGGCUUGCACUGACUCGCACCUGGGAUAUCCAGCCAGGCUCUCGAGUGCUUGAUAUCGGAUGUGGGCAAGGCGAAUCGAGCCUAGUUCUUGCCCUAAUCAACGGCCCCCAUGGCCGGAUUGCGGGAAUUGACACGGCUCCGCCGGAUUAUGGUGGACCGUACACUAUCGAGCAAUCGCAGAAGCACAUCCAAGAGUCCGCACUAGGGGAGCGUAUCGAGUUCCUCCGCGCUGACACGGCCAGUCUGUUUCUCCACUAUGCGAGCACUGGUCCGUUCGAUGCGGCCGUCUUGUGCCACUCGUUGUGGUAUUUCCCGGACCCGGCAAGCAUUGCCCAUGUUUUCCAGCUUCUGGCCAACGCCAAUGUACGCUAUCUGUGUUUGGCGGAGUACGGGUUUCGCGCGUCCCGACCAGAACAGCGCCCGCAUGUGCUCGCGGCGCGGGCGCAGGCCCAGUUCCAUUCGCUGCGUAAGUCUGUCGCUACGGGGACGAGGGAGCCCAACGUACGCUCCGCUCUGACCCCGACUGAGCUGCUCGACGCUGCGGGCCAGUCUGGGUGGCGAGAGAAACGGUCCGGCUACAUGCAACCUGAUCCGCAGAUAAGGGAUGGGCAGUGGGAGGUGCAGUUUGUCUCCUCACGGCUCUUCCAGCAAUGGAUCCAGGAGGAAGACUUAGCCAACGAGGAGUCUAUGAGUGCCGCCAUCCGGGAAGUCGAGCAAUCCACCCAGGAAUUGCGAGCGAGGGGAGUCACCCAGUGGGAGACCAUGGAUGUCUUCUGGGCGGUGCUGGAGUUGGAUUUGUCUCAUACAUGA